AUGUCCAAGUCGCCCAAGGCCCUCCUCCCCUCGAGCCUGACCUUCUCGACCAUCUCGCGCGCUCUCCCAACCUCGGCCGCGACGGGCAAGUACUCGGUGCGGACGGUCGCGCUCGCGGUUGGCAGCAAGGCCGCGGGAAAGGGACAGGCUCCUGGCGGCUUCAUCGUCGUCAGGCAGCGGCGGGCGUCGCCGUUCGCAGGGGCAGUCUCGUCGUCCGCGAGGAGCGGCGGUGCAGGUCAGGCAGGCGGGUCAGGACAGGCGGGCCCGUCUCGCCAGGCUUCCGGCUCUCGAGGACAGGUCAAUGCCGUGCGCACGUCGGGUGGACUGCUCAGGACAGGCGGGGGCGUCAGCACCUCGGCCUCGUCUUCGAGCGGCAGCAGGGCCUUGGCGGGCUACUUUGGCGAGUCGGCAUCAAGCUCUCGAGGCUUUCACACGUCCUCUCGGACACCGCACCAGCAGGCUGUCGCGCCCUCGAGCAGCGGGAUCGCGCCACCGCCGGGAGGAGCAGGAGGAGCGGGCGCAGGCGGAGUCUCCCCACCUGGCACCAGCGCAGCCGAAGGACACCCAUUCCAUCCCAAACACCACUCGAGCCUCGCAACGCCCUCGCAUGACGGCCCACUACUCCUCGGCCCGUCCGCAGGACAAGGCGGACACGGCACCUCCCUCCCGACCGUCGUCGACCCCUCCUCUUCCUCCCCGAUCUCGUCCCAAUCGACCCACGCCUCGUCCUCGAAACACAUACCCGCAACAUUCUUCACCCAGCCUCCUCCCGCUUCUUUCCCCUCGCACGCCCUGCCCGCGUUCUUCGGCUCGGCGCUCAACAUCGCUCGAAGGAGUAACCUCGUCUUCCGGAAUGGCGCGUACGGGAUUCCCAAGUCCGAGUACUCGCGAGCACGGAAGGCGAGCGACAAGGGCAAGGAGAAGAUGAUUGUGGACGAGGAGGAGCACUACCUCAGCGUCGGUGUGGGCGAGGAUUCUUACUUCCUGCGGUCAGAUUCGCUUGGCGUGGCGGAUGGCGUAGGAGGCUGGUCGCACCAUGCGGGCGCCAACUCUGCCCGAUGGGCUCGCAAGUUCAUGCACCACUGCUCGGCCGAGCUUGCACGGUACGAGAAUAUCGACGACGAGCUGUUUCUCCGGUACUACGAGGUCGACCCCGUCGAUGUCAUGCAGCGGGCGUACGAGAAGACUUUGCACGAGUGCAAGGAGGAGGGCACGAUUGGCUCGUCGACCGCGCUUCUCGCCAUCCUCCGAAACGACGAGCUGCGGCUAGCCAACCUGGGCGACUGUUCCUGCUUCAUCAUCCGCGGGGACGAAUACGUCUUCCGAUCGGAGGAGCAGCAGCACCGGUUCAACUACCCUUUCCAAGCCGGCACGAACGCCAAAGACACGCCCGCGAAAGACGCGCAGCGGUUCAACGUCAAAGUCAGGCGGGACGACAUCGUCAUUCUCGCGAGUGACGGGCUCGUCGACAAUGUCUUCUCGGACGACUUGCUCGAAGAAGUCCUCCGCUUCGUCGGUACGAAUCCACCGACCGUCCCUUCUCCCCCUUCGUCCUCGAACGGCUCUCCCAGCUCGAAAUACACCCUCCGCCGAUUCUCGCCACAGGCAGUCUCGGAGGCACUGUGUUUCCGCGCCAAGAGCGUGUACGAGGAUCAGAGGGCCGUGGCGAGCCCCUUCCAGCAGCGCGCGAUGGAGGAGGGGAUUCACUACGCGGGAGGGAAGAUUGAUGAUGUCAGUUGUUUGGUCGGCGUGGUGGGCGAGCUUGAGGCGGCACCGAAUCGCCGCGACGUCCAGUGA